ACCGGUAAUUGCCUUUCCCACCUUUCUCUUGCAAUCACACUUCCACUGUUCCACACACUACCAACUUACCAAGAUGUAAUCCGUGGUGGCUCUCUCUCUCUCUCUCUCUCUCUCUCUCUGUGAGAAGUGAGAAUCAAAAAAAUGUCGUCCAAUUCUCAGAAGAAGAAAAGCCUGCACUCUCUCUUGGCCACCAACCUCAGUAGCAAACUCACCAUCUCAAUCCCAUCGUCCGCCCAAGACCCCGAGCUCGACUUCGACUUCUCUGAAGUUUUCGGCCCCUCAACCACACACCAUCACCAACACCCAAACCCCAUCCCCUCAUCAUCACCGCCGUCCACGUCAUCCUCCGCCCUCCCCCCAGGGGACCCACCCGUCAUCCACCACCGGUCCCACUCCUUCGUGGGCCCCUCCCCCCGCUUCACCCUCUCCCGCUCCCUCCCCAUCCACACACCCGAAUCCGAAUCCGAGUCCGAGUCCGACACCGAAGCUAGAAAUGGACCGAGUGAUGCCGAUACGAGCGAGGAUGUGGGGAAGUUUGGGCCUGGGGAUUUCGAGAUUCUGAGAGUUGUGGGGCAGGGGGCGUUUGGUAAAGUGUUCCAGGUGGUGAGGAAGAGAGCGAAAGCGAGAGCGAGUGCUCCUAAUGGUGAGUGUAAAGAAGAAGGAAAUGGUGAUGGGAUAUAUGCGAUGAAGGUGAUGAGGAAGGACACAAUCAUAAAGAAGAACCAUGUGGAUUACAUGAAGGCCGAGAGGGACAUUCUCACUAAAGUCGUCCACCCCUUUAUAGUUCAGCUCCGCUUCUCCUUCCAGACAAAGUCUAAGCUUUACUUGAUUCUGGAUUUUAUAAAUGGAGGGCAUCUCUUCUUUCAUCUGUACCGGCAGGGAAUCUUCAGUGAGGAUCAGGCAAGGGUUUAUACUGCUGAGAUAGUAUCUGCUGUUUCACAUCUUCACAAGUGCGGAAUUGUGCAUCGGGAUCUUAAACCUGAAAAUAUUCUCAUGGACGCCGAUGGGCAUGUUAUGCUAACUGAUUUUGGACUGGCAAAGGAAAUUGACGAAUCAAGUAGAUCAAAUUCUAUGUGUGGGACCACAGAGUACAUGGCUCCAGAAAUUUUGCUGUCUAAAGGCCACAAUAAAGAUGCAGAUUGGUGGAGUACUGGGAUACUCUUGUAUGAGAUGCUAACUGGGCAGCCACCAUUUACACAUGCAAAUAGAAAGAAACUUCAGGAGAGAAUCAUUAAAGAGAAGGUGAAACUUCCAUCCUUUCUUACCAGCGAAGCCCACUCUUUGCUCAAAGGAUUGCUGCAGAAGGAACCAUCAAGAAGAUUAGGCAAUGGGCCUAGUGGAGGGGAUGAUAUCAAAAGUCAUAAAUGGUUUCGAUCAAUCAACUGGAAGAAAUUGGAGACCAGAGAAUUACAGCCUAAGUUCAAGCCAGAUGUGAGUGGAAAAGACUGUACAGCCAAUUUUGACCGGUGCUGGACAGCAAUGCCUCCAAAUGACUCGCCAGCUGCCACACCAACUGCAGGCGAACAUUUCCAAGGUUAUACUUAUGUAGCACCUAACCCUUGGCUUUCAUCGGGAUAAACUUAAGGCUUCUGGCUGAGAACAAAAUUUUGAUGAUAUCUAUUAUUGUGAAGAUCUUUAUAAACGUGUGCGCAUUAUGGCGGUUAAUCUGAGCCUUCAAUUCUCAUUUGCUCCAUUCAGAAAUAAACAACGAUUUUGUGAUGGGGUGUAUUUUGAUACGUAGCUUAUCAAAGUACACACCAUCACAAAAUCGUUGUUUGUUCUUAAUUGGAGUAAAUGGAAAUUUAACGCUCAGAUCAGCAGCCAUAAUGCACACACGUUUAUAAAUAUCUUCACAAUAAUAUGAUGAAUGGUGGUAGCUAUGUAUUUGAUGUGCUAUACUCCUAAAGAUGUUUCGGCCAUUUGUACCAAACACAGUCAAUUUUAUUUUUCUCCCUUUUGUUUGCGACUCAAAUCUUCCAUGACUCCAACUAGGGUGGCUUUCUUUAUAUGGUCAUCAGCUUUGAGCAAAAUAUUGACGUAUGAUAACUUGCGUAA